AUGAAUCAUCUCUCCUCUCAACAAGUACAAAACAAUCCUCAACUCAAUCAAGUCUUGUUUCAAGCGUUUAGUACGACAACGACUCCUCCUACCAACAACAUCAAUAACAUCAACUCAAUGAACAGCAACAAUAACAACAAUCAACUACUGACCAUCACCAACUACCCUACAAGUAGUGGUGGUGGUAGUGUGACCACGACUGGAAAUCAUUUGAAUCCAUCUCUCCUCACCUUCUCCAACAAUAACAACAACAACAAUACCAUCCAUCCAACAACAACAAUGAAUCUAAAUCCUCUUGUUGGGAAUCAGGGUCAACAACAAAUGUCCAUCAUGAUGAUGGGAAAUAAUAAUAAUAACAACAACAACAACAACCACAUUCUGAUGGAUGCAAAUUCUAUGGCCACGACUAAUUUGACAACUACUGCUGCGAAUAAUAUUAACAAUAAUAACAGUACGACAACGUUGGUGGUUGAUCAGAAUACUUUGAAUAGUUUAAUGAUGCUCUUGAAUGGUGGUGGUGGCGGUAAUGUGAAUAUCAAUAACAAUACGAAUCAUCAUCAAAUGAAUCAUAAUACGGUGAAUAUGAACAAUAGAAUGAUGAUGACAAAUACUGCUUCGCCACAAACACUGCUAUCGAAUAAUACAGGAACAUUUAUGAUGACAGAUGACAGUAAUAAUUUAGGAGUCUUUGGAAAUGAACUCUACCAAUCUUCUCUCGAGUUAUUUCUGGAUUCUCCCACAAUUACUUCACAAUUCAUGACCAAUGGUCAACAACAAUUACCAAAUACGACUCAAAUGGGAUCAUUUGUCAACAUGUUGGACGGAGCAACUACUAAUAUGACAACUGUUGUCAAUAACAACAAUACUACUAUUGAUCCCGCUCAAUUGCAAGCCAUCAUGCAAAUAUUGGGACAGUCACAACAACAGCCGCAAUCUUCCACGUCUUCUUUCAAUUUCUCACAAUCUUUAUUUUCGAAUCAAGUGGCAAGUCAACAACCAUCACAAAUGUUCAUGACAAGUGGAACGAUGAAUACUCCUCCUUCACAAGCACCACAGACUGUGUUUGUCUCAUUAUCCAAUGAUCAACAACCAUUUGUGAAUAAUGUGACAGGAGUAUCACCUCCUCAACAACAACAACAUGCACUAUUUAACAACAUGUUCCAAACAACGAGUCCUAAUAACAAUAUGAACACAGCUGUCAACAACAAUAACAGUGCAAUGAGUUUAUUUGGAAAUUUGCUCAUGUCAUCCAACAAUGCAAGUAUCAACAACUCCGCAUUGAACACAUCCAUACAGCAUUUGAAUGAAAAUGAUCCAACCAAAAUUGACCAAACCUUGUACCAUAUUCUGGUUCAAUAUUUAUCUUCGAAUGUCACUCAUCAAAAUCUAGUAUUGGAUUGGCUUAAACAAUUCAAUCCAAACAUUACAUCUUUGGGCUCUUCAACAGAUUCGAUUAAUACCAUGGCAUGUAAAUUGAUCGAAUCCAUGAGUGAGGAUCAGAAACGAAAAUUAUUUGUGGUGGUCAUGCAUGUAUUGAAUCAGCCACACCCAACUCAACAAUCUACCAUGAAAACCUCACCACAACCUUCACUUCAAAGAAAUCAACCAUUUGUCUCGAAUACUUCAGCCGCAAUGUCACCAAGUAAUAACAGUACCAAUGGCAUUGGAUUUUUAAAUAUGAACCAUCUGGUCGUUAGUAGCAAUAGUGUUGGAAUGGCGUCUUCACAGCAACCUCUUAAUAACAAUCGAUUGAAUAGCAACAACAAUGCAAUGAUGACCUCACAACAACCUCAAUCGCUGCAAAUGGAGAUGGUCAACUAUGACAUUUCACAACAAGGAAACUUACAAUCACCUCAAAUGCAAUCAUCACGUCUCCUUGUCACUGUUCCUCCCAACAACAAUGGCAGCAACAACUCUCCUAACGUCAUCAUGAACUCUCCAUCGAAAAUGAGUGGAAAUACUGGACAUCAAUUUACUCCACAACAAGGUGUAAAUUCCAACACCACAUUUGUCUUUGAAAAUUAUCAAAAUGGAGGUGUUUCUACGAGUGGUAAUGUUAUGAGUCACAAUACUAAUGGUGUCACAACAGGAGCACCCUCAGCCGUCACCAUUCCGUCACAAUCAUCCUCUGCUACCAAUUCUUCACAACAAAAUGCAAAUCCAAGUGAUGCUUCUUCUCCAAGUUUACCCACCAUGCACACAAAAUCCAAGAGAAAUACUUGGACGAAUUUUUACAACAAUCACAUUAAUCAAAUUGCACAAGACAAGACCUAUAGAGAUUGGGCAACCAAUGAUGCAUCUCAAUCACGAGAGAACAAUAAUGCCAACUCUUCCACCAGUAAUAAUAAUAUUACAAAUAACAACAACAGCAACAACAAUAGUAGCACUCCCUCCUCACCCUCUCCUUCCAACAAUUCCAUCCAUCGUAGAACUAAGAGAAGUAACUCGGCUGGACCUGGCUCAAGAAGAAAAAAGUCCGUCGAUCGAGAUGGUGACGAUUUCACACCCGUGUCUCCUGGUGCAUUAAGUGCAGGAAGUGAAGGAUCUCGAAGAAGUCAAAGUUCUGACAAGAGUCGAAAGAGUAUUGAAAAGCAACGUAAAGUGAGAAAUAGUAUUGGAGGAACGACUCGAAGAAAUAGCGCCACCACUCCAACUACUCUCGAAGAAUUCACAGAUUUGUUUGGAGAACUUGAUUUUGAAAAGACAAAUAUUAGUAACAGUAGUAGUAGUGGAGGUGGUGGAGGUGGCAAUAUUUCUGGCAUGAGUGGAACCAGUAGUUGUAGUAACAGUGGAGGUGGUGGUGGUGGAGGUGGUGGUGGAGGUGGUGGUGGUUACCCUGGAAUGCUCGUCGUCGAUCAUCAUCCUCAUUCAGAAUUUGCUGGCACAGGAGACACUGGUGAUUUCAACUUUUCGAAUCUCGAUGAAUUCUAUGAGGAACAUCAACCCAAUGUUCCUGCUACCAAUACCUACACCUUCCAUGAUUUUGAGAUUGAUAAUAAUAAGGAUGAAAAGAAGAAACGAAAUAAUCUCAAGUACUCUCUGGUGAAUUUUGUCAAUCAUGCACUCAAUAGAAAGAAGAAGUGA